UCAGCGCACUUCAUUUUAGACACUGAUAUCGUUAGAGAGAAGAGAAGAGAACCCGUGACAGUUAAGCAUAAUUCUCAGUAACAUACAGAGACCGGUGUUUUGCGUUAGCGCCCUCAUUAUUAUCCAGGUUUAGAAUUACGUCGGAGAUCUGGGUACUGACUUGAACACCAAAAUGAGAUUGCUCUGCUUGUUUCUACUGGUGCUCGGCUCUGUGUAUGCCGACGAUGACGACAAGAAGGAAAACGUUGGCACCGUGGUAGGAAUUGACCUUGGGACCACCUACUCCUGCGUUGGUGUGUUCAAGAAUGGCCGUGUUGAGAUUAUUGCCAACGACCAAGGAAACCGCAUCACACCUUCCUACGUGGCCUUCACCAGUGAGGGUGAGCGUCUCAUUGGUGAUGCCGCCAAGAACCAGCUGACCUCCAACCCCGAGAACACUGUCUUUGAUGCCAAGCGUCUGAUUGGUCGCACGUGGAGUGACUCCUCUGUACAGCAGGACAUCAAAUACCUGCCAUUUAAGGUCAUUGAGAAGAAAAGCAAACCUCACAUUCAGGUGGACAUUGGAGCUGGUCAGAUUAAAACCUUUGCACCAGAAGAGAUCUCAGCCAUGGUCCUUACUAAGAUGAAGGAGACUGCUGAGGCUUACCUGGGAAAGAAGGUUACACAUGCUGUGGUGACCGUGCCUGCCUAUUUCAAUGAUGCUCAGCGCCAGGCAACCAAGGAUGCUGGUACUAUCGCUGGCCUGAAUGUGAUGAGGAUAAUCAACGAGCCAACUGCUGCAGCCAUUGCUUAUGGCCUGGACAAGAAAGAUGGUGAGAAGAACAUCCUAGUGUUUGACCUGGGCGGUGGAACCUUUGACGUGUCCCUGUUGACCAUUGACAAUGGCGUGUUUGAGGUGGUGGCCACCAAUGGUGACACUCACCUGGGUGGUGAGGACUUUGACCAGCGUGUCAUGGAGCACUUCAUCAAGCUGUACAAGAAAAAGACCGGCAAAGAUGUGCGCAAGGACAACCGGGCUGUGCAGAAGCUUCGUCGUGAGGUUGAGAAGGCCAAGCGGGCCCUGUCCUCCCAGCACCAGGCCCGUAUUGAGAUCGAGUCCUUCUUUGAGGGAGAAGACUUCUCGGAGACCUUGACCCGAGCAAAGUUUGAAGAGCUCAACAUGGACCUCUUCCGUUCUACCAUGAAGCCUGUUCAGAAGGUCCUGGAAGAUGCUGACUUGAAGAAAUCUGACAUUAACGAGAUUGUGCUCGUGGGUGGCUCUACUCGUAUCCCCAAGAUACAGCAGCUGGUGAAGGAGUUCUUCAAUGGCAAAGAGCCCUCCAGAGGCAUCAACCCUGAUGAGGCUGUGGCUUAUGGAGCUGCUGUCCAGGCUGGAGUGCUUUCUGGAGAGGAAGACACAGGAGAUCUUGUGCUGUUGGAUGUGUGCCCCCUGACUCUUGGUAUUGAGACUGUUGGAGGAGUGAUGACCAAGCUCAUUCCCAGGAACACUGUUGUACCUACCAAGAAGUCUCAGAUCUUCUCCACAGCUUCAGACAACCAGCCCACUGUCACCAUCAAAGUUUAUGAAGGUGAACGUCCUCUGACCAAAGACAACCACCUUCUGGGAACAUUUGACCUGACGGGCAUCCCUCCUGCACCCCGUGGCGUGCCCCAGAUUGAGGUGACCUUUGAGAUUGAUGUCAACGGCAUCCUGAGAGUUACAGCUGAGGACAAGGGCACGGGCAACAAGAACAAGAUCACAAUCACCAAUGACCAGAACCGCUUGACUCCUGAGGAUAUUGAGCGCAUGGUGAACGACGCAGAGCGCUUUGCUGACGAGGACAGGAAGCUGAAGGAGCGCAUUGAUUCCCGCAAUGAGCUGGAGAGCUACGCUUACUCCCUGAAGAACCAAGUGGGUGACAAGGAGAAGCUGGGAGGAAAGCUGUCCUCUGAGGACAAGGAGGCCAUUGAGAAGGCUGUGGAAGAGAAGAUCGAGUGGUUGGAGUCCCACCAGGAUGCUGACCUUGAAGAGUUCCAGGCCAAGAAGAAGGAGUUGGAAGAGGUGGUACAACCAAUUAUUAGCAAGCUCUAUGGCAGCGCAGGUGGGCCUCCACCAGAAGAGGGCGAUGAUCAGGGUGAUAAGGAUGAGUUGUAGGUUGCUAUAUGAUUACAUCUCGAUGCUCUUUUUUUUUUUUUUGUUGUUGUUUUUUGGUUUGUUCUGUUCCUCCUGAUUGUCCUUGCCUCUCUGGACUGGUGAUUGGAUGUACAUAUUGUUGGACACGAUGGACAAUUGUGAGGGAAGACAUGAGGCGGGGAAGGGGGUGACAACAUUUAAAACCACACACUUCCUGAAAGACUCUGAGCAUUUUGAGGAUGAGGGAUGUUGUUCUUCACUGAGGUGGAGACUGUCAGCCUGUACUGAGGCUUGCUGCUAUUCUCAGGCAGUUUGAAAGGAGUUCUGUUGAUUGGGGGGGGGGGGGUGAGGGUGGGCUAGGAUUAUGGAGAUUGGGUUCAGGGCCAUGGUCAUGUUCACAGACUUAACAAGUUAUUUAUUUAAAUCUGGAAGUGUAGUGGAUUUCUACUGCAACUACAUGGGAAUAAAUGUUUGAUACGAAA